CGCGGAGAGUCCCUGCAGCGCGGAGAGCCACCGCGGGGACCCCCGGGUCACCCCGGGCCCGGCACCGGGGAAAGUUGGCCCAGCUACGCGGCCGCGCCGCUCCGCGUCCCGGUGGCGGCCGUUCGGAGCGGCGAUGAGCGCUCGGCGUUUUGGAGAUCGCCUGUCAGUUGCUAUUAAAAUCAAGAUUAAUUCAUAUUAACGAUAUGCGUUCUCAAUUCUCCCGUGUGACAGCAUACAUUAGAACAACUAUCGCGAGUAAUUAAACUCAGUGCGGGAGGGGUUAAAUGUAUAGCGGGGGGGGUUCCUCCUCGCAUUUCUCUCCGCCAAAGUUGAGCCGGAGAGCCGGGCGGGCAGAGCCCUUUCCCCGGCUCAGCGCACCCGGCAGGCUGCCUGCCCUCGGACCUCCCCGUGCCAACGAGGUAUUCUCUUCUUUUUCUUCCCUUUUUUCCCCCCGCACACCCGUUCUCCGCACAGCUCCCGGCACGCCCGCGCCGAGGCGCGCAGGGCUGCGGCCGCUGCCGGGGAGGAGGGGGCGCAGGAGCGGCCGGGCGCUGCGGGGACCCCGGCGGAGGGAGGCGGGGGACAGCGGCCUCCCUGCCAGCUCUGCCAGCGCUGCCAGCCCUCUGCCAGCCCUGCCCGCCACGGGCGGGCCGCACCCGCGUGGGCUCGGCCCGCGAUCGCCUCAAAACGCGCAAAACAUUAUUGAUGGCUCUUUCUUGGGCGUUGGAGAUGCUCGAUGCUUUAGACUAAUUAGACAAGCCAAAAGCCUUUUGAAGAUUAAGCAAAUUGGACAACCCUUGUUAAUUAGAACAUAAUUUAAAGUUUGAAAUUAUAUCACUCAUGAAGUAGCCUAAUUAGUAUGACGAUAUGUUAAUAGCCUACCGAGACACGAAGCGCGGAGGUUUGGCAUGAACUCCUUAAAGGCUUGCAAGAAAAUCCUCUUUCCUAUGUUGUCAUUAAUAAAAGAUUUCUAUAGACUUCAGCCUUUCAACGGUGACAUACAAUUUAUAGUACACACAAUGCAUUAGCCCAUAGUGCUGCUCAAUUUUUUUACUAUUAUGAAAACUAAUAAAAUCGUCAAGCUGAAUUAAGCAUACAAAUCAGAUGAGGCAUAACAGAUUACAUAUUGAAGCGCCGUGUCUCCCGAGCCUAAAUGAAAUUUCAAUCUAAUAAUUCCUUCCUGGCCCGGCCAUAAUUUGUUUAGAGAUGUUGUUCUACUUCUUUCCAAGCGCUAUUCACACCAUAAUUAAAUGAUACUCAAGCUUUUAAGUUUGAUUUAUUUCAUUUCUCCGAGCUGGCGACAGUGAGAGCUGAUACAAUGUAAUUUUUUUUAUUUCCCUUAAAAUUACCAAGUCUGCUGUUUAGGUGAGAAAUUAAACACCUAAGCACUUAUUUUAACCUUACUGCUGCAAAGUGAAAUUCAUGGAAAUAAACCCGACCACCUCCAGGAAAGCUGACUUUCCCCGAUUUCUUUUUUCUCUUUUUUCAUUUUUUUUCCUUUUCCAUUUCUUUUUUUCCUGUUAGACAGGCGUGGGAAAUUGGCGGGCUAGCGGUGCGCUGUUGCAGGAGGAUGCCCGCUGCUCCCCGCCGAUGGGGGACGCCGGCGGGGGCAGCCCCUGGCCGCCGCUCCCGGCCCUUCCCCGCGCUGCCCCCGCGCAGCGCCCGGCGCGCCCCCGCCCCUGCCGCCCCCCGGAGCGGUGCCGGAGCAGCGGCGGGACACUCGGGCUGCAGGUGCGUGGUGAGCCCGGACCGGACUUUCCCCCCAUCCCCCCUUUUUGUUUUUUUCUAAUUAUUUUUUCUUUUCAUGGAGGGUGGAUUUGAGGCGGCGGGGUGGUCGCUUCCCCCUCCUUUUUCCUUUUUUUUUUUUUUUCCUCUUUGGCUUUUUCCCUCCCCUUUCCGGGAGGCGACGGGGCGCGGCGGUGAGUGUGGGAGCACGCGUGGGCGUGGGAGCGGCGGGGGGCGGGCAGGGAGCGGCGGAGGAGGGGGCCGGGGCCGAGGAGGCAGGCGCGGAGGGCCCUUCCCGAGGAGUUGGGCUGUAGUGACAGGCGAGAGGGGAGGGGAGGGAGGGGAGAGAGUAAAACCCACCGGCGCGGCGGCAGGGAGGGCACUUCGCGAGAGGCGAGGGCCGGCGCCGGAGCGGAGGCGGCGGCGGACAGCGGCGAGCGCCCGGGCGGAGGGCGGGCAGGCGGGCGGGAGCAUCCCGCGCAUCCCCCGCGCAUCCCCGGCUCGCCGGAGCCGCCUCUCCCUCUCGUCCCCGGCGGGGCUCGGGCAGCCGGCUGGGGGACGAGUGGGAUUUUUUUUCUUUUUUUAAUUUUUCGGGCGGUGGGGGCGCGGGGCUCCUGUGGCUUUUCCGGGGGGUUCGGGCCCCCGGCCCCGCGCCCCUGCCCUCCUCCGGCGGCCGGCUGCCGGCGGGCCGGGCCGCGGCGGCGGCGAGAACCAUGAUGAUGUCUCUGAGCAGCAAGCAGCCUUUCGGCCUCCCCCACGGCGGCGGCAGCGGCGGCGGCCUCCACGAAACCAAGUAUUCGGCCCUGCACACCGCCUCGCCCUGUCCCUCCGCCGGCGCCGCCGCCCCCGCCGCCAGCUCCCCCAGCAGCACCGGCACCGGCGGCUCCGCCGGACGCGGCUCCGGCUCCGGCGGCAGCGGCAGCGGCGGCUCCGGCUCCAGCUCGGGCUCCGGCCCCGGCGGCAGCGGCGGCGGCGCGGAGGCGAUGCGGCGGGCCUGCCUGCCCGCCCCGCAAUUGCAGAGCAAUAUAUUCGGCGGUCUGGACGAGAGCCUGCUGGCCCGCGCCGAAGCCCUGGCAGCGGUGGACAUCGUCUCCCCGAGCAAGAGCCACCACCACCACCCGCCGCACCACAGCCCCUUCAAGCCGGACGCCACGUACCACACCAUGAACACCAUCCCCUGCACCUCGGCCGCCUCCUCCUCCUCCGUGCCCAUCUCCCACCCGUCCGCCCUGUCGGGCACCCACCACCACCAUCACCACCACCACCACCACCACCACCAGCCGCACCAGGCGCUGGAGGGGGAACUCUUGGAGCACCUGACGCCGGGGCUGGCGCUGGGGGCCAUGGCGGCCCCCGACGGCGCCGUGGUCUCCACGCCGGGCCACGCUCCGCACAUGGCCGGCAUGAACCCCAUGCACCCGGCGGCGCUGGGCAUGGCCCACGCCCACGGGCUGCCGGCCCACAUGGGCUGCAUGAGCGACGUGGACGCCGACCCCCGCGACCUGGAGGCCUUUGCCGAGCGCUUCAAGCAGCGCCGCAUCAAGCUGGGGGUGACCCAGGCCGACGUGGGCUCGGCGCUGGCCAACCUGAAGAUCCCGGGGGUGGGCUCCCUCAGCCAGAGCACCAUCUGCCGCUUCGAGUCCCUCACCCUCUCCCACAACAACAUGAUCGCCCUCAAACCCAUCCUGCAGGCGUGGCUGGAGGAGGCCGAGAAGUCCCACCGCGAGAAACUGGCCAAGCCCGAGCUGUUCAGCGGCGCGGAGAAGAAGCGCAAGCGGACCUCCAUCGCCGCCCCCGAGAAGCGCUCGCUGGAGGCCUAUUUCGCCCUGCAGCCCCGGCCCUCCUCCGAGAAGAUCGCCGCCAUCGCCGAGAAGCUGGACCUCAAGAAGAACGUGGUCCGCGUCUGGUUCUGCAACCAGCGCCAGAAGCAGAAGCGCAUGAAGUACUCGGCGGGCAUCUGAGCCGGCCGCGGAGCAGCACCGACAGCAUCAGCGUCACCGUCACCGACACUAAAUUCCAUGAACAACGAGAACGACGACAAGGAAAGGAGGAAAA